AGUCUCUCGUUUUCUCUCUGUCUCUAUCAUCCUCCUUGUUUUUUUUUACUCGCUCUCGCUGUAACCACAGCUUGCAUGCGACCGGAGCAGGCCCCUACGGGAAACACAUUCUUUCAGUAAAGUAUCAGCAGUCGUGUCUCAUUGACGUUCCUUAGCAGCGAUCGCAUGGAAGUGUUUCAAGUUAUUCGUUCAGCGGAGUCCGUCUUCACGUGGUGAAUGCUGGCACUCUAAUCGUCUUGCUCAGUGUUGGUGGUGAAAAUAAUACUAAUAUUCUAAAACGACGAUUAGUGGUGACGCAACCACCGAUCACGAGUGUUCGGAAAGGUUGAUUCGACUAUUCUAGACAGAUCAGUGGAUCUGAACAAUUUUUUGAUGGUGACAGUUUCAAUUGAUGCUCAAACUAAAUAGGAUAAUCAUUCUUGCUACAUUGUGACGAAGGUACAUUGGCUUUGUCGUGAAAACAAAUGGUUUCGAACCAGAUGCAUCGGGUAUGGGAUGAAUGCGUGAACCCAUUAAGGUAGUCUGAAUCUGCAAGUACGAUAAUCCCUUAAAGACGAUGUUUUACAUUAUUAAAAACGAAAUAUAAAAUUUGUGGAAAUUGUGAAUGUCUACAAAGCUUAAAUGAAAGGUUGAAGAGUCCAAUUUCUGAGGACUACAAAACCGUGAUAUAAUCACGUUGAAUUUGACAUCAAAUCUCUGGUGUGAUGAUCUUUUUGUGAAAUAUACUUCGAGAAAGGACAGUCAAUCGGAACGUCAAAGUUACUCAUCCUGGCGCUAUCAUCGGUGCUAGUGACCGGUUUAUUCAUAACAAGCAAAAGAUUUAUACUCUUCAAGUGGAUUCGAUGCGAGUUCGUAGAUUGCGUGGUAAAUCGUUUCGUUAAGGGGCAAUCUACCGUGACACAGUGAAUGAGCUUGCCGAUUUUUCAUUGCGAAAAAAGAAAGUUUAUCAUCAAAACCCCUGUACGUAACGGAGUUCGAAUUUUGUGAAGUGAACGAUUUGGAACUUCGUGUCUCCGUGUCGCUUAACGCAAAGCGAGUUAGUCUUUGAGCACCUACGAUCCUCCUAAGUGGAACGCGGAAGACUCGGAACAGCUGAUUCCGUCCGUCUUUCAUCACCGUCCUAGUGUUUGCUAAAAGUCCUCGCAGCCUCAUGCUGCUCCUACGCUACUAACGGAAUCUGGCUCAGAGCGUCGAUCGGACACUCUUACCGGUCAGUUUUUCGAUCGUUCACGUGACCGGUGAAUUCCAAUCACUUUUGCUAUUACUGCUGUAUUAGUACACCCUCUCCAUUCCAGCUGCGUGAUAAUUAGUGGCCUGCAGUGACGUGCGUUCGACCACUCGUUGCUUCAUCUGGAUUCAUUGAUCAAUGCUCCGUAACAUGGAAUAUUGAAUCGCCCAGCCUCUAAUGCUUCGUUGCAUUGCUUUCUAUCGAAAAAAAACGGCCGUGUUUUCUUCCCCCACAGUGAGUGUUUUCGUCGCAAUGAUUGUUUGACUCGAAAAUUCACAGAGACUUAUUCAACCGACGAAUAGUGAACGCGACAGCUCUGGAGCUUAAAUCAUGUGAUCAGUGUUUUCAUUGGAUUGUUACAAAGUACAUAGUUCUAGAGAAAACAUGGUGAGGGAGCAUAAACCCAGAAGGAGUAGCGUCAGCGAACUUUGCGAAUGGAAAUGUAUUGGUGAUCAUGGGGAUAAAGAAAGGGAAACUCGGAGGAGGAAACGUUCGGGCACCUGGCCGAGGACGAGGAGCCUGAACGCCCCCAGUCAAGUUCAACAGUUCGGGCCAUGCGGUCGAAUAAUGAAAAACUCUGCCAUGGUCAUGACCAUUCAGGAUCCAGCCUCUCAGAGGCUGACGUGGUACAAAGCACCGCUGACGGUUUUAGUAAUCAAGAAAGUCCGUGAUUCUUCGGUGCUUCCGCCAUUCGUGCAAUUGAUUACGUGGCUAAUUGAGGAAAAAAGAAUGGCCGUCUACGUGGAAACUUCCGUACUGGAAGAUCCGGCACUUACGCGUGAUCCAAGAUUUCAGAGCGUUCAUGACAGACUUACAACUUUCAAGGACGGGGCUGAGUUGCAGGACAAAAUUGACUUCAUCGUUUGCCUUGGAGGUGAUGGCACUCUCCUCUACGCCAGUCUCCUGUUCCAACAAUCAGUCCCACCAAUAAUGGCAUUCCAUCUCGGCUCCUUGGGCUUCCUCACGCCUUUUGAGUUCGACAAUUUUCAAGAACAAGUUACCAACGUCCUCGAGGGUCAUGCAGCACUCACUCUCCGCAGCCGAUUGUGCUGUACAAUAAAACGGAAAGGGGAGGAAAGACAAUCAAGCAAGCCAUCGAUCGAUCAUUUGGUCCUUAACGAAGUUGUCGUUGAUCGUGGUCCUUCGCCUUAUCUUUCAAACAUUGAUUUGUUCAUCGAUGGAAAACACGUAACCAGCGUUCAGGGCGAUGGUCUUAUCGUCAGCACCCCAACUGGUUCGACCGCUUACGCGGUUGCAGCUGGAGCGAGUAUGAUUCAUCCAUCCGUACCUGCAAUUAUGAUUACACCUAUUUGUCCACAUUCAUUAUCGUUCAGGCCAAUCGUCGUUCCUGCGGGUGUCGAGCUCAAGAUAUCCGUUCCGGCGGACAGCAGAAAUACCUCGUGGGUCUCGUUCGAUGGACGAAAUCGUCAAGAACUCUUUCACGGGGACAGCCUACAAGUAACGACAUCGAUUUAUCCAGUUCCGAGCAUAUGCGCUGCCGAUCAAAUAACCGAUUGGUUCGAUUCGCUUGCCGAGUGUCUUCAUUGGAACGUCCGUAAGAGGCAGAAACACCUCGACGAGCUCAGCGAUUUGACGCAUUCCUCGAGCAACGAUACUCUCGAUUCUCUUGAUCGUGACAGCUAAAGUAUCGCAGAUUUCCGGCUCAAAUAACGAGGCAGAAUCCGAAACGAUUGCAUCGCUGAAUUCUUUGAGUUUUACGUGAGGAGGUACAUCAAGAAGUGAUCGAGAAGGAGCGAGAGAGGGAAGUCCAUUCUCGACGCAUUUUCCAUCCGGGUAAAAUCGAUAAAUCACAGUAAAAAGUAAUCAAACUCUCCAAGUGUAAUGGAUUCGUGUGGAGUGGCGAUGAGGAUUCCCAAAUGUGGAGUGGAUCUGUGGAUAAUUCAUUUUCUUCAUCUGUAUUUAAGCCCGAAGGGUCCAAAAAGUAAUUUGGUGUUUUUUUCAUCACGAUGCCAAGUCCAUCACGUAAAAUCAUCCAUUUCUUCAGCGCUUCUCUUAUUCUAAGGACAUCGAGUUUGAUUCUGAAAAAAUGAUAAUUGAAUCGUCUUCGAGGUGAAUCCCAGGAAAGAACGUUUUGAAUUCGAUUCGAUUAGUUUUCUGUGUGAAAAUAGGAAGAUGACAAAUUAUUGACAAAAGAGAACGAUCAACACGAAAUUUUCCCAUCAAAAUAGAGUUUAAAGAUCAAUUAAUUCGCGCGAUGCAAUAAGCAUAAUAAGGACGGAGCUACCCACCGUUAUUGGGAAAUGAAUGAGCUCGUGGUAAUCGCGUACCAGAAAAAUGUUCCUUGAUUAGCCAUACGCACUGCAGACGAAAAAAAAGCAUAAAUUUUAUCUCAUCCCUCUUUUUUACGAGAAAACUAAUCUACUUUUUCGUCUACGAAAUCGAUUAAAACCGACGUGGAUACUAAAGAUCAAGAAAACAAUGGGAAUUCCCACAAAAAAUUAUAAUCGUGAACGAGGGUCACAUCGAAAGCCUCCGAAUAAUUACCCUCUCGGAAAUCAAAUUGGAAAUGAGAGAAAUCCUCCACUUUUCCUCGUUCUUUGGGAAUUUGAUUCAAAAAUAUUGAUCAAAGAAAAAAAUCAUUAAUGAAAUCCAAUUCAAUUGGAAGUCACGAUAAUAACGAAAUUCAGCUUUUGAGGAAUUGAUUCGAUUGUAAAUAGUAAUUUUUAUUUUAUAAUUACGAGUUCGUAUUAGCGUUUUGUUGUUUCGAAAAGAAUAAUAAACGUACAAUUAAGUAUAAUUGAAUGGUGUUCGAUUCAGCGUGGCAAAAAUCUCGUUCGUAUAUUACUCAUUUUAUCGAUUGUAAGUCCAUGGUCUGUUACGUGCGUGCGUACAAAAAUUUUUCGUCACAUAUACACAAGAAUUAGGGUUCUUUGCAUAAAAACGCAAAUGAAAAAGAAUGUUUUGUAGAUGUUUUUCUUCAUCCAGAUUUUUUAUACGUGAACAAAAGAUAAAGAAAUAACAAACGUGUCAUAAAAAGCGCAGCUCGCGAGAAAAGUAUAUUUAUUAUCGUUACGACGAUGAUAAAAUUAUGCCUAAGUGAAUAAUUUUAAAAUAAGUUUAUGUACAAAAAUCUUUCAUCAGGUUGUUUGUUUUUCAAUAUAUAAAAAGAAAAAAAUAAUACAAAAAUCUUUCAAUUCUCUUCAAUCAACAAAACUUGAUUCUGGAAAUUUAUUCAUGUCUCUUUUUACCGGACGUUUUUAGUCUUUCCUCUACAAAAAAAAAGAAGCCCAUGCUGUAAAUAAGAAUACACAAAAAAAUGUUGAAAUUUUUAAUAAAUUUUCUUGAACCAAA